CUGAGGGGCGGGCGCUCGUGAACGCCCACGGAACUGUCAAACCAAGGAGCGCGUGCUGAAAGGCAGCGCGAGCCUUUUAUCCAAGACGCACGCGACACAACGCGUCCCUCACGGAGCUGAGUGAAGGUACCGUAAGGGAAAGAAGGGAAAAAACAAAUUCUUUACACAGAGGGAGAGAGAGAGAGAGAGAGAGGUGAGCGCGAGCUGAUUCAACAUGAUGCAGCCAGAUAUGGAUUAAAAGUCCAAGCUUGAGAUUUGACCAUGUGGAUCUUAGACGUGUUUCUGCGCUUGUCAUACUGAGUUUGUAUUGAGGAUUCAGCAGCUGAGGUGUACAAUGGAGAUGUUCUCGAGAGCAGAGUGUCAGAUCUGCUUUAACCCGUUCAGCCCUCGACGGCGGCCCAAACUUCUCGAAUGCAGACACACGUGCUGCUCGGCAUGUUUGCAGCAGAUGGUGCUGAAUCACAGGGAAGUCUGCUGCCCCUGGUGCCGCCAUGUCACCCAUCUCGGCGGCCUCUCCGUGUUCCAGCUCCCGGAUGAUCCGGAAGCACUCUCGGCCAUCACCUUGGCACACGCACCUCUUUUAGUCCGACUGCCCGAUAGCAGCUGCUUCCUGCUGCCUCUGUCAGCGGACGAACAUGCCUACCGAUACAGCUACAAAAACGUGGACGGGACAACGCAACCUGAACACCUCACAGCUGGAGAGGAGGAGGAAGGGGUAGCAGGGAGAGAUGUGACAAUGAAAAGUUCAGCCUGGUCCAGGUUCUGCACCGUCCUCCUGGUAGCCAUCAUCCUCAUCUUCCUCCUGGCAAUCGUCCUGCACAACAUGUCUUGCGUGUCCAAACGCUUCAGCAUCAUCUCCUGUGGGUGAACGACGAGUCUGGGAGUCACCCUACACACUAUUCCCCACAAAGAAGAAGGUAAAGGAUUUCAGACUUGGUUCUGUUAUGUAAACAACACGGGACAAGUUUCUCACAGUCAUUGGCUCUGGUGUGGAUGUGUUUCAAACUGCAGUUGUACUACACAGGGAAUAAACCAAAACCACAUGCCCUGUUGUCUAAAUGGGGAACAUAAACUCUAUUUCAGAAACCUCACCAUUAUCAAAACACUCUUGAUGUGUACCAAAUCACACAUCCUAUACACUAUAUAGGGUCAUUUCUGAAAGCUCACCAUUAUACAGUGGGAAUGGCUGAAUCCCAGUUCCAAACCACAUACCUUAUUCACUAUACAGGGAACAAACAACAUUUAAUACUUACUGUUUACAAUCUAGACUACAUAAUGCAUCAAGUUCAAGCACAAAGGUGGAUUGUGGGUAUUUUGUACCUGCCUGGUUACACUGGACACUGGUUACACUUUGUCAUCUGAGUGGACUGGACAAAUGAGUUCUCUGGGUAAAUGAGUGCACUGGGAAAAUAAGAGCACUGGACAGAUGUAGUGAGCAUGGUGUGAUUUUGGACCUAUGGUGCGUUUCGCUUUGUAUCUGGAUGAGGAGAGCGGGUUUGUAUGAAGAUGGAUAUAAUAAAAGCCAAUAAGAGACUGUUUCCUGCUGAGUGGCAGGAGUGUAAAGUACAUUUUUUUUGUCUGUUUGGGUUUGGAUGUGUUCUUAUAAAAAUUUUUUUAACCAGUUUACAGUUAAAGGCCAAGAUUAAUGCAAUGUUUUAUACUGUAAUGUGGUAGCAUUGCGAUUGUGAUGAUUUUUAAAUGUAACAUGACUUUAAGCAGGUUUUCAUGUAUUCAGUGUUGGAAGCCAGACCUGUUUUUAAAUACAUCGAUCAGGCAUACCAUUAUGACCACCUGCCUAGUGUUGUGUUGGUCCCCCUUUUGCUGCCAAAACAGCCCUGACCCGUCGAGGCAUAGACUCCACUAAUCCCUGAAGGUAUGCUGUGGUAUCUGGCACCAAGAUGUUAGCAGAAGAUGCUUUAAGUCCUGUAAGUUGGAAGUGGGGCCUCCAUGGGGGGCAUAAAGGAUACUUACAGGACAUAAAGGAUCAUUGUGAUAGAUACUGACCACUGCAGAGUGGGAACACCCCACAAGAGCUGCAGUUUUGGAGAUGCUCUGAUCCAGUGGUCUAACCAUCACAAUUUGGCCCUUCAUCAAACUCGCUCAAAUCCUUACGCUUGUCCAUUUUUCCUGCUUCUAACAUCAACUUUGAGGACAAAAUGUUGACUUGCUGCCUAAUAUAUCCCACCCACUAACAGGUGACAUGAUGAGGAGUUACUCAGUCUCAUUCACGUCACCUCUCAGUGGUCAUAAUGUUAUGGCUGAUCGGUGUAUACAAGCAAUUAGUUUUUUUAAGAUUUGCAUAGUGUGUAAUAAAAUGGAGUUUAAGUGAAAGUUAGAAAAUAAACUACAGCUAAGUGUGUAGAAUGAGUUGAUAAGUUUAAAAAGCUGUCUUAACAGUAAAUUUGACAAAAAAGGGGCUUGUCAUAAAAAAAAAAAUAGAGGAGGAUUAGAAGAAAUAUUUUAUACUGAAUCACACACACAUUAUAUUUCCAAAAGUUUUGGGACACACCUCCAAAUGAUUGAAUUCAGGGGUUGGGCUCGGCCCCUUAGUUCCAGUGAAAGGAACUCUUAAUGCUUCAGCUUCAUACCAAGACAUUUUGGACAAUUUCAUGCUCCCAACAUUGUGGGAACAGUUUGGGGAUGACCCCUUCCUGUUCCAACAUGACUGUACACCAGUGACCAAAGCAAGGUCCAUAAAGACAUGGAUGAGUGAGUUUGGUGUGGAGGAACUUGACUGACCUGCACAGAGUCCUGACCUCAACCCCAUAGAACACCUUUGGGAUGAAUUGGAGCGGAGACUGUGAGCCAGGCCUUCUCGUCCAACAUCAGUGCCUACAGUUGAAGCUGUUAUAGCUGUAAAGGGCGGGACAACUCCAUAUUACAUUCAUGUGCAUGGAAAGGCAGAAGUCCCAAAACGUUUGGCAAUAUAGUGUAUCCUGAUUGCUGGAUUUCCUCUUUCAGCCCUGCCACGUUUUUUAACUAAUAACAUUUUUUUAGAUGUUCUUGUGAAGUGUAUAAUAAAUGACCUGGGUGUUGAGUCAUUCCUCUGGCUGUUUAUUAGAACUGAAUUUAUAUAAUGCUGAAUUCUGGAUUCUGUUUGAUCCGAAGGCUAGUGCAGUGCAACUUCAGAAACUAUUUUUUAUUGUGACUUUUAGU